AUGGCCCCCAACACGACUUCCUCGCUGUCCCAGCUGGAGUACCUGAUGGGCCAGUUCUACUUCCAGCCCACCGGCUCCGCGGCCCCGGCGGCGGCGGGCGGGAACGUCUCCAACGGCUCGGAGGCCGCCCCGCGGCUGCCGGACGAGGAGGACCUGGACGUCCACACGGACAUCUACUCCAAGGUGACGGUCACGCUGGUCUACCUGUCGCUCUUCGUGGUGGGGACGGUGGGCAACGCCAUCACCGCCUACACGCUGGUGCGGAAGAAGUCGCUGCAGAACCUCCAGAGCACGGUGCACUACCACCUGGCCAGCCUGGCCGCCUCCGACCUGCUCAUCUUCCUCCUCUGCAUGCCGGUCGAGCUGUACAACUUCAUCUGGGUCCACCACCCCUGGGCCUUCGGCAACGACCUCUGCAAGGGCUACUACUUCCUCCGCGACGCCUGCGCCUACGCCACGGCCCUCAACAUCGCCAGCCUGAGCGUCGAGCGCUACAUGGCCAUCUGCCACCCCUUCAAGGCCAAGAGCAUCAUGUCCCGCAGCCGGACCAAGAAGUUCAUCAGCGGCAUCUGGGUGGCCUCCUUCCUCCUCGCCGUCCCCAUGAUCUUCACCAUGGGCCAGGUCUACAAGGCGCCCCACGACCCGGACUCCCUCAUCUGCACCAGCGUGGUCGACACCCCGACGCUCAAGACGGUCAUCCAGGUCAACGCUUUCAUCUCCUUCGUCUUCCCGAUGGUCGUCAUCUCCGUCCUGAACACCAUCAUCGCCAACCAGCUCAUCGUCAUGUUCAAGCAGGCCGCACAAGAAAACCAGGUGUGCACCAUCGGAGGGCAGCAGACCAUGCUCAGCAUGUCCAUGGAGCCCGGCCGUGUACAAGCCCUGAAGCAUGGAGUCUGCGUUCUAAGGGCUGUCGUGAUCGCCUUUGUGGUCUGCUGGCUCCCCUAUCACGUGCGGCGACUUAUGUAUUGUUACGUGCCAGAGGAUCAGUGGACGGACUUCCUUUUCGACUUCUACCACUACUUCUACAUGCUGACGAACAUCCUCUUCUACGUCAGUUCCGCCAUCAACCCGGUCUUGUACAACCUGGUGUCGGCCAACUUCCGCCAGAUCUUCCUCUCGACACUCAUGUUUGUGUGCCUGCCCUGGAGAAAGAAGACGAAGAGGACCAAGUUCAACAGGAAGUCCAACAGCAUCUCCAGCAACCAUACUUUCUCUAGCCAAGUCACCAGGGAAACCACAUACUGA